AUGGGUCAGGCUAGUGGCAAAGCUUUGGUGAAGUGGCUGGUAGCAGCACUGCUCAUUGCCUUGUUGGGUGGUGCCCAAGCUGUUGUGAUAUGUAACGUUGAAACAUCUAGGCUGAACUUGUGCCGUGCAGCGAUUACUGGGAGAUACCCGCCACCGCCAACGAAGAGAUGUUGUGCAAUCAUUAAGCAAGCCAAUCUGCCUUGUCUUUGCAGUUACAAGUCUCUAUUACCUGCAGCUGGGAUCAACCCAAAAAAUGCAUUGGCCUUGCCCGCUAAAUGUGGUCUGAAAACACCUCGUCGAUGCUGA